UACAAGUUGAAAGGGCGGACCCACAAAGUGCGCUUAUUGCGCUUAAUCCCCUCACACUCGGUCUAGUGAACUGUCGCAUUUGCUCAUGUUCAGACGUUCGUCCUCAGUGCAGGUCAACAGCUGGUGAAGUCAUGUCUGCCUUUCUGCAUCGCUGUCCGUACUUAAAGUCCUCUUCGGGUCCGGCGCUGAGACAUGUGGGGGGGAUUUUAGGGAUGGCUGAACGGUGCCCCGUCAUUGUCCGCCGGAUUAGCGCACAGUCUACUCAAGGACAGGAUGAAAAAGGUCUGCUGUCGCAUACUGAAUCCAAACGUUCCCUGGCUACAUCUGCUGCUCAGGUUGCUGUGUCCAUGACCAACUCCUGUCCAUUUGUCUCCUCUAAGAUUGGACUAGUUAAAGCCAGCCCUCGGAUUCAGGAGGAUGUCCACUCAGCACUGCCUCCUAUUUCAGAGGAGGAAGUCAGUUCAGGAGUGGUGAGUUCUGUGUUUAGUGGCUUACAGGGCCUUCGGUCACCUUUCCCAUCCCACCUUCUCAAGGACAAUAUUGUUGGAUCCAGUUUUGACUAUGAUGACUUCUUCACCCAGAAAAUCUUGGAAAAAAGGAAUGACCACACCUACCGUAUUUUUAAGACAGUGAAUCGGUUUGCAGAGGUUUUUCCCUUUGGUGAGGAUUGUUCUGUUCCAGGACGCCUUGGCUCACAAGUCUCUGUUUGGUGCAGCAACGAUUACUUGGGAAUGAGUCGCCAUCCACGCGUCAUUAAAGCAAUAUGGGACAUUUUGGAAAAAAAUGGUGCAGGAGCAGGUGGCACCAGGAACAUCUCUGGGACAAGUUACUACCAUGUGGCUCUUGAGAAAGAACUGGCUCUUCUUCACCAAAAAGAUGCAGCCCUUGUCUUCUCCUCAUGCUUUGUGGCCAAUGAUUCCACCCUCUUCACUCUAGCUAAAAUGCUUCCAGGAUGUGAGAUCUAUUCAGACAUGGGGAACCAUGCCUCCAUGAUUCAGGGCAUCAGGAACAGUGGAGCGAAGCGUUUCAUCUUCCGUCACAAUGAUGCAAGACAUCUAGAAGAGCUGCUCAGCCGCUCUGAUCCAAAGACACCUAAGAUUGUGGCAUUUGAGACAGUGCACUCCAUGGAUGGUGCUAUCUGCCCUCUGGAGGAGCUGUGUGAUGUCGCACACAAAUAUGGUGCUCUCACUUUUGUGGAUGAAGUUCAUGCAGUCGGACUAUAUGGACCGCAUGGAGCAGGUGUCGGUGAGAGAGAUGGCAUCAUGCACAAGAUUGAUAUUGUCUCUGGUACACUGGGUAAGGCAUUUGGCUGUGUAGGGGGCUACGUGGCCAGCACUGCUGCACUGGUGGACACAGUGCGAUCUUAUGCAGCAGGCUUCAUCUUUACUACAUCAUUGCCUCCCAUGGUGCUGGCUGGAGCUCUGGAGUCUGUACGGGUUCUGAUGAGCUCAGAGGGUCAGGCUUUGCGCCGAGCUCACCAGAGGAAUGUCAAACACAUGAGGCAGCUUUUGUUGGAUGCAGGUCUGCCAGUUGUCAAUUGCCCAAGCCACAUAAUCCCAAUAAGGGUUGGCAAUGCAGAGAAAAACUCCAAAGUGUGUGACAUUCUACUGGAGAAACACAACAUCUAUGUACAGGCGAUAAACUACCCUACUGUGCCACGUGGAGAAGAGCUUUUGCGUUUGGCACCAUCCCCUUUUCAUAAUCCCAUCAUGAUGGACUAUUUUGUGGAGAAAUUACUGGAAGUAUGGCAGGAAGUUGGACUGCCACUCAAUGGCCCUGCAACAGCCUCCUGCACUUUUUGUGACCGUCCCCUUUACUUUGACCUCAUGAGUGAGUGGGAGAAAAGUUACUUCGGCAACAUGGAACCAACAUAUAUUACAGUUGCAGCACAAUAAGAAAAAUUGAAAGGAGGCUAGAAAUAAAAAGCAACAUUCUGAAUAAUCAGCUGACUGUUAAAAAUCAUAAUUGCUGAAGUGUUUUUUAAACUGUCACACAUUUUGCUGCCUUCUGCAGCUAUGUACAUCAUUUGUACUGGCUUUGGUGCUUUUGAAUUGUAUACCAUAUUAUUAAUUCUGUGUUCCUUUGCAUAUUAAAAACCUGCACAUGGGCACUUUUAAUGGAAACUAUUAAAACAUAUAUACUUAA